CCCCCCAGCGCCCUCCCCUCCCCAGGCACCGGCCACCCAGAAUCGGGCCGCGGCCCGGUUGGCGGAGCCGCCCCCCACCCGCCGGGCCUGAGAAGGGCGGAGCCUCUCCGAGCGCCCACGGUUACCAUGGGCGAGGCGGCGCAGCCCCCGAGGCCCGGGGUCGGCGUGGGGGUGGUGAUCACCAGCGCCGCGCACCCCGACUGCGUCCUCCUGGGCAAGAGGAAAGGCCCAGUGGGGGCCGGCACCUAUCAGCUCCCCGGAGGCCACCUGGAGUUCGGGGAAAGCCUGGCCGAGUGCGCGGCGCGGGAAACGCUGGAGGAGGCGGCGCUGCGGCUGCGCAACGUGCGCUUCGCCUCCACCGUCAACUCGUUCUGCACCGCCGCGCGGUACCACUACGUCACGGUCCUCAUGAAGGGGGAGGCGGAGCCGGGUGCGGAGCCGCGCAACCGCGAGCCCGAGAAGAACGAGGGUUGGGAAUGGGUUAAGUGGGAUGAAUUUCCUCCAGCAGAUCAGCUGUUCUGGGCCUUACGCUGUUUAAGAGAGCAAGGUUACAAUCCCUUUACAGAAGAGCUUGAUCAUCUGAAGGGGUACACAGGAAGUCACCAACUGGGGUAAAAAAUAAUGGCACAUGAUGUAACAAGCCAAAUGAAAGACAUGCUUUUUGGUGUAAAAGAGAAAAGGAUACCUCAUGUUCUCUCUGCCCAUGUGAAUAUACCACCCUUUCCAAAGCCAAAAGGAUGCCAGAUGUUUCAGUGCUUUGACCGUAUUUCAUGUGACAGUUGUCUCUCAUUCCACAGCUAUUUCUAGCUGUUGUGGUUAACAGUGACUGUCUUCUUUAAUAUAAAUCUCAGAGUGUUUUAGCUGGUUAAUCUUUAUAUGGAAGAGCAGCAGAAGUCAGAGCAGAAGUUAGAGAAACAUACCCCCUUGGUAACAGUUGCAGCAUCAGGCUCAAGAGGAACUUUUUUUAAGACAGUGUCCUGCUAUGUAAAACUUCUUUGUGUAUCAUGCUGCUUUCCUUAUAAUUGUAAAUAAUUAAUUAUAAAUCUUGGACAAAUUUUUAAACUUAGCCUUGUCUUGUAGCUUCAGUUAAGAUACUGUCAUGAACAGAAGUCACGUUCUACAGACAAUGCCUCAUUCUGCAGACAGUAUAUACUUGAAAGAGUACUACAAACAUGAAAAGGAUUGUCAACAUUAAUGAUGAAAGGUUUAUUGCAGGGGGUGAAGAUUCCCAUCCUUCUUGCCACCCUCUUUCCUUACAGGGUUCUGUUUGCAGCCUCAGUUACAUUAAAAUUUACCUGAAGAGGUGUUCCAGAUCUCUACAGUUGAUCUUAAUUCCUGAUCAGGUUACUAAACUCUUAAUAGUUCAAUUAGAACUAUUAGAACUGGAGAGGUGCCUAAAGUGUUCUGCUAGGCUGAACACAAAUAAGCUGACACAAAUAACAUCACACAAACUAAUCUUGAUUGAUAGGUGUAGCUCUACAGUAGACAGCCAUACUUUGGGGCUAAAGAGGGUUGUAGGUUCUAAACAGCACAGUCAGUACAAUUCUGUAUGGCGGCUGGAUUUGAUAGAAUUGUUCAUUUUCAGUUUGAUGUGAUGAAAUGAUUGAACAGAGGCAAUGAAAUCAUGACAUACAAAAAAUUGUGCAAAACCAAUGAGUUUAUAUUUUUAAUUUUUCCAGGAUCUGUAACCAGAUUUGAUUCUUUUCCAGCUGUAGUUCAUUAGAACAUCAGCAAUUCAUUUUAGGAUAUGACUUUUUUAAAAAAAUCACUAAUUGCCUCAUUUUUUUCUCUUUGGGCUUCUUUUAAAACACAGGUUUUGUCUGUUUCCAACUGUUGUACAAAAUGUUCUGAGAUAUGUUUUAUUCAAAAGAAAUUAAAGUUAAGCACAAUAUUUAAAGAUUAAAAUUGUCUAAAAUUAUGAAUUGACUUGUCAGUUCUUAAAAUAAAUGAGCUUGAAUGGUU